AGUGACGCCCCGGUUGCCGCGGCGAUCACGCUCCCGGAGCUGGAAGCGCGGCGCGGGCGGCGCGGCGAUGCUGGCGCGCCGGGCCCCGCUGGGCGCCGCGGGCUGCGGCCGCCUCCUGGCAGCGGGGCUGCGGCCGCUGCUCUGCGCGCUGUCGCCGUGCUGGGUGACGGCGGGGCGGCACUACCCGUCCCUGCGCGUAGCGGAGCCGGCGAAGGAGAAGCGGCUGGUGCGUAAGGAGCAGCGGAGCAGCCUCGUGGUCCGCCGCUUCAUCGCCUGCCCGCAGCUGGCGCGCACCGUGCGGCGCUGCCUGCAGGGCGGAGCCGGCCCCGGCCCCGGCCGCCAGCCCCUGCUGCUCGAGUUCGCGCCCGGUCCUGGGAUUUUGACUCGAUCUCUGCUUGAUGCAGGUUUUAGAGUGGUAGCUCUGGAAAGUAACUCAGAUUUUCUUAAAGAUUUACAGUCCCUAGAGGAUAGCCUGGAUGGGCAGUUAAAGGUGAUUCAUGGUGACUUCUUCAGAAUGGAUCCUUUGGCGAAGGGGGCUUUGAAACCACCUGCUGUGUCUUCCGACAAACUUUUUGAAACCCUGGGUGUAACAGCAGUUCCUUGGAGGGCAGAUGUGCCUUUGAAAAUUUUUGGAAUCGUACCACAACAGUUGGAAAGAAACAGGCUUUGGAGACUUCUUUUCACCAUGUAUGAAUGCAGUUCCAUAUACAGAUACGGAAGAGUAGAACUCAACCUCUUCAUAAGUGAAAAAGAGUACACGAUAUUAACAGCAAAGCCUGGGAAGUCGAAGAUUUAUCAAGCGCUUACUGUACUUGCACAAUUAGGGUAUGAAAUUGAACUACUGCAUAAGGAGCCAUGGUCUUCAUUUGCAACUACUUUGAAAAAUGGGGGAGUGGCAAUACCAAAAGCUGGGCGGUUGCCAAAUGACCAUUUCUGUUUGGUACGACUGACUCCUCAGCAAAACCUUUUUACAGGAGGCUUGAAACCCUCAAAUGCAUCUACCUUUAUUUUCAUGGUGAAACAGUCUUUUGCUAAACCUAAGUCUAAACUAACGGAUAGAUUAAUUUCCUGGAGCUUGGACAACAGUGACACAUUACUGAAAGCACUAGAAAUUCCCAAAAAUGCUGCAAUGUGUAACUUGUAUCCAGAAGACUAUAAGCGUCUUUUCGAGGCUUUGCAAAACUCCGAUUUGUUUGCUGAGAGCUUCUUCCAUGACGAAGUCUUGGCAAGUACAAGGACCAUGAACUUAUAAAUCUAAAGCUUUUGGAAGAUCACCUUUGCUUCUGGAAGAUUACUUUGAUAAAAAGUGAUUUAAAUAAAAUCAGAGAUACUGUUAGCUAGAUGCUUUCCUGUCCAAACAGGAAACAUUUAGCAAGCAACAAGAGCCUUUCUACUUAGGAUGAAAGUAAUGAAUUCACAGUUAUCUUUCACAAUCCUAUCUGGAAUGGACAAGCUUUGCACACAAUUGUAUCUGCAACGUACAAGCUUUGCAACUUCUGCAGGAGCUUAUUAGCUCUUGCUACUUUUGGAUGUACCACUUAAAUGCAACUUUUUGUUACACUGUUGCUGUGUAUUUACAACAUCUGAAAAAAGUUGACAGACCAAAUUAUUAUUUGUUUGGUUUUUAUUUUAGUGCUUAAUUAUUUGAAUGCCCUUUUGACAGAUUCACAAAAUACAAAGGUCGUCGCAACCACUGAGUCUGCAACAUUGUCUGCUUUUCUGAAUUUGCAGCCUGAAGUCAAUAAAUGCUAAUAAAUUAAUAGUGGUAUAGUGGUUAAUAGAAGACAAGGUAAUGACAGGGUGAUAAAAUAUUAACUGAGAGUUGCUUAAAAUAAAGAUUGUGAUAUCCCUGAGGAAAAAUUGUAGCAGUUAUUUCUUUUGAAAAUAACAGGGGCAACAUGUACUAGUUUGUAAUACAAUACACAAACAUCUACACAUGUAUAGGGAUUAUUUUAGGUCUGAAAGUCAUCAGAAUAUUCAGUGCUGUAUGAAUGAUUUUUAAAAAAUCAUCGUAUUUGAAACCUUUGCCAAUAUCUUUAAUGCGUAAUAGAUGUACCAAAAAAUUACUCAAAACCAUAUGCUAUUAAAAUUCUGUUUUUAGCCAUAGUACUCCA